UCCAUCAGGUGACGGUUCAUCUCAUUCUCUGACUCGUUGAGUCACUUCCUGAACUUUCUGGUUUCCUCUUGUUCUUGUGCUGCCGAUGUUCUGCUGAUCUGAGCCUGAUCGAUACUGAUCAGGAGGAUCCAUCCUGAGGGCCACACAUUUCCUUCUCGGGGACCUGGACCAGAUUUCCGUAUCUGAGACACAUGGAGACAGCAGAUACUAACCUAGGGGGACCACAGGAGCCCAGGUUGCAGUCUGAGGAGUCGAGGCUUGGGUCCGAUGAGUCCAGGAUGAGGUCGAUGGGCCCUCUGAUCUCCUGGGAGUCAGAGCUGACCUCCAUCCAGCACUCCUUGAAGUUUGUGUUGAAGCUGAAGGAGGAGUUUGUCUGUCCCGUCUGCAGAGGAGUCGUCCUCAACCCCCAGCAGAACUCCUGUGGACACAUCUACUGCUUCCACUGCCUGCAAGGACUUCUGGAGAGUUCGUCCUCGUCCAGCCCAGUUUGUCCAGUGGAGGGAGCUGCGAUCACACCAGCUGAGGUCUUUCAGGACAACUGCUGCAAACGAGAGAUCUCCAGCCUAGAAGUGUACUGCACCAACUCCCCAGAAUGCACCUCUGUCCUCACAUUAAACCAUCUGCAGGAUCACCUUAAGUUGUGUCAGUAUGAACAGAUGCAAUGCACCAAUCCAGACUGCACCACGGUGCUACAGAGAAGGGACCUCCAGGAUCACCUAACCAAUACCUGUCCUCACCGGCAGGAGCCCUGUCCUCACUGCAGCCAGGUGCUCCAGCUCAGCCUGGUCCAGGAUCAUGUGCAGAGCUCAUGUCUGGAAGUAGAGGUGGACUGUCCUGAUGGCUGCUCCCUGAAUGUCCCCAGACACAAGCUGCCCGAGCACAGAGAGACAUGUCCCGAGGUUCAUACUGACUGCUCCUAUAAGAGGUUCGGCUGCUCCGUUCAGGGUAAAAGAGGGAAAGUGAAGCUUCAUGAGGACACCGCUGUCAAUCACCACAUGCUGCUGGUGCUGAGGAGCAACACUCACCUGGAACAACAGGUGGAGGUUCUCCAGGAGGAGGCGCAGCUGAGGAGGAGGGAGGUCCAGACGGGGAGUUUACUGCUUCCUGGUCUCGAGAAGCAAAUCUGUCCUCUGCUGCAGCAGAGCAACAACAACGAACACGUCGUGUCUACGGCUCAGAGGACACUCAGCAGGCAGGACGACGUGCUGUCCUCUGUCCAGGUGGACGUCCGGCAGGUGUCUCGGGGACUGGGUCCUACCCUGGAGGAGCUGGACCAGCUCAGACAGUCUCUGGAUGCCGUGAUGCAGGAAGUGUCAACAGCCGAGGCCCUCAAAGAACACCUGGGGACGCUGGAGGAGAACCUGAAGCGUCACUCGGGUCUCCUGGACCUUCACGCCGCUCAGCUCAAUCUCAACAAGCAGCACCUGCAGGAGCUGGAGGCCACGUCCUACGACGGCAGACUGAUCUGGAAGAUCCAGGACUUCAAGAAGAGGCGGGAAGCCGAGGUGAAAGGUCAGUCACCGUGCCUGAGCAGCGUGCCGUUCCACAUCGGACGCUGCGGCUACAAAAUGGCCAUGAAGGCGUACCUGAAUGGAGACGGCGAGGGGAGGGGCUCCCACCUGUCGCUGUACGUGGUCCUGAUGCCCGGAGACUUCGACGCUCUGCUCCAGUGGCCGUUCAGACAGACCGUGUCCCUGUCGGUUCUGGACCAGAGCGGCGCCUCUAACCACCGCAUCCUGAGCUUCAGACCUGACCCCACCACCAAAUGCUUCCAGCAACCAGCCCCCGAGUCCGUGAGCAAUGUGGCUGUAGGCUUCCCCUGCUUCAUUCCCCUCAACCUGCUGGAAAACAGCCCGAACGCCGCGUACGUCAAAGACGACACGCUGUUCGUCAAGGCCAAGGUGGACAUGACGGGUCUGGAGCAGCUCUGAGGGUCCGGGUCGGGUCUGGAGGUCGGUUCAGGGAGGACACUGAGGUUUAAAGGAGCUGUUAAAAGGAUUUAAAUGAAGUUUAAAUGAUGAAUUAUCAUUUCUAGAGUUUUUUUUAAUGUGACUUUUGUCAAGAAAGAGAAGAAGAGGAUUUCUUGACUCGUGGAAAUCUUCAGGAUUAUCUCAGGGAUUAUUAUCAGGGACUGGUCAAGACUACGUCAAAGAGCUCAGUUAAUUAUUAGGUUUUAAUAAUGUUUGUAGCAAGGCCCACACUUUCUGCCUCAAAGAAAAUUCCUGAUUUCUGCUCAUCCAGAGGCCGUUACCACGUUGAUUUUAUUUAUUUAUUUAUAAUUUUAUGAAUUCAUGGUCAUUGUGUUGGAAGCUGCUCUGCUGCUGCAGCUCUUCAGGACUCACGGAUGAAUAAAGGAUGAAUAAAAGAUGAACAAAGGAUGGAGACUCUUGGAAAACAGUGCUAGCAGCUCUUAACAAGCUACAUGGCUACGAGCUGCAGUUGUGAAAAAACUAAAUGUAUCUGAAGUUUUAACUCCUUCAUUCUGAUCCAGAUUUGCCCGUUAACACAUCAGCGUGGCACAAUAACACAAACUAACCAACCACGGAUCAACUGACCAUCAACUCGUGUCCUGAAACCUAAAAUCACUGCUUUUCUCAAUGGAGUCUGGUGGAGUAUGGAACACGUCAACCACAGUUCGCUGUAGUUAAUAUACUGACUGGGGGAUGAAUGAGCUCAGAUGCUUUUUUAAACUGGACACAUCUAGUCUCUGAUGAGGUCUCUAAUAAAACCCAGCAGACGGCAGUAAAGUAGUAGUAGCUGCAGAUAUGUAUAGCCUGCAUAAAACCAGGCUGCAUUUCCUAGUCCUCCUAGGAGGUGGUAGUUGGAUGGUGGAGCAGAUAGUUGAUGUGCAGCCUCACCUGUCUCCUCACCUGUCUUCAUGGAGGCGGCCAUGUUGGUACGGUCACAUGAUCAGAGAUUGGUCCACAAGUCUGAAUGAGCUCCUACUAGUGACUGUUCCUACACACUCCAGAGAAAUCAAGCUGUUCCUUUAACUCUGGGGUCAGGAUUUAAUGAUGGUGUUUCAUUCAGAUUUCUCAGCAGUGACGUGGAGGGAGAGUUCAGGUUCUGUUUAUCAUCCUGUCUAAUGAGGAGAGAUAAACGUACUGACAGCAGGUUUCUAUACAAUGUCAAGAUAAUUAUCAGGUUCAUGUAGAAAGAAAAUGACCAAGAGCCAGAAUACAGUCUCCUGACUCUGCAAUAACCUACAGGGGUCAGAAAUAAAUGAAUAAGUAAAUCAAAUCAAACUUUAUUUUCAUACGGAUAUAACACAAAGUGCUUCACACGGCUGAAAUGGGCAAAAGACUGAAACAGAAACAUGUGGUAAGAAGAGAGAAACAGAAUCAAUAAGAGUAAAGUUAUAAAAAUAACUGAGUAAACACUUGAGUUUAUGACCAUCUGAAACAGUGGAAUAAAGGAAAUAAAAUGAGAUGAAAUGGAAUUAAGAUGAAUGAAGUCAUGUAGAGGAUGAACGGUGAUUUAAAGGGAAUCCUACGUUCUGACUGGCUUGUGUUUUCAUGAUGUCAGCUACAUACCCAGAGUUCAGUUUACUUCAGAGUAAACUCUCAGACGUCUCUAUGCUGCGACCAGGCAGCAGAACUUAGAACACACUCACAAAUGAGUCCAACGUGUUGAUAUUCUACUUAGAAAUGAACUACCAACUUUUAUCGACAAAGAUCCUUGUGACAACUGUCUCUGAAUAAAAUUAUUACUGAGGAAAAGACCUGAUGAUUGUUUGAUAAGUUUUCAUUUCUAACUGAGGACAUGAGCUCAGAUGUGAUGAGCUACCAACACAAACAGGAGAUUAACAAACAAUGAUAAUCAUCAACAUAAGGAGGACAAAGUAGACAAAGAACAUUAGAGUUAAGUUCGCUUUGUGUGAGGAACCAAAAGGUCUGUGGAGCUCAGGGAAUAGCUCAAGUAAUUUAAGGAAACGUGUGGCAUGGUGCAGCUUUCUAUAGGUGUCAGGUUACAAUAUACAGCAGAAGCUUCUAGUAAUAUUUACUUCAGUAUGAAUACACCUACAUUUACAGCAGCGCCAUCGCAAUAAGUAUCGAACCAUGAGCCGUAACUGCUCCAUUAUAUUGGACUGUUGUUAGCAUUAGCCUAGCUCAGUCAUCAUGUCAUUCACCUUCUACUGGAUGUGGACAUGAGCUCCACUGAAAGAAAUAAGAUCCACUGAGAAUCCACACUUUAUUUAUUUUGUUGAAAACUUGAAAGUAAUGCAAAUAUAAUGUAAUGAAAUGUAAUGCAAUUCAAAG